AGUAAACAUGUUCGGGUACAUCUUUUUUGCGUUUGCUGCACUCAUAACUUACGUAUUGGUAAAAUGGUACUUGCAAUUAUACAAGUAUAGAAAUGUUAAAGUUCCUGGUCCGAAACCGUUGCCUGUUUUAGGAAACAUUCUCGAAUUUGGAACAAACUUGAAAGAUAUUUUAUGGAAUUUCAAAGGUCUUCAAGAGAAGUACGGAGGUGUGUUCAAAUUGUACUUGGGACCAAAACAAUUCAAAUUGGUGUUGACCGAUCCAAAAUACAUCCAACACGUCUUAAGCUCUAGUAAACACAUAAACAAAUCCGAUAUUUACGAGUUCUAUAUUCCUAUGGUUGAAGACGGUAUAGUUUCUGCAAAAGGAGAAAUUUGGAGGAAAAACCGAAAAUCUUUCACGCAAUGUUUCCACGUUAAACUGCUGGAUCAAUUUAACGUGACAUUCAACUCUGCAUCAGAUUCGCUAAUCAAAAAGUUAAGCAAGAACGUAAACAAGGAAAUUGAUAUAAACAAGUUUGUAAGCAUCUCUACGCUCGAGACGAUUACAGAAACCGCAAUGGGAAUUAAGUUUAAUGACGACAGCGACAAGCAUUUGGCUUACGUUGACGCCGUGCACUGCUUCUUCAAGAUCGCCAUGUCCAGGUUGUUCUCUCUUGUGUACAGCAACGAGUUCAUAUUUAGUUUCACCGAAGAUCACAAAAUCCAACAGAAAUACAUCGAAUUCGCAAGGGAUUACGCCAAUUCUAUUAUAUCCCAGAGGAUAGAAGAGAGACGCGGACAGAAUUCGACCGGAGAUGAAGACGAAUUUGGAAUUAAGACAAAGGUGGCUUUCAUCGAUCAAUUGCUCAACAUGUACAGCAGCGAAGAAGACAUAUCGUACGAGGAAAUAAGGAAGCAAAUCGUAACUUUCAUCAUCGCUGGAUACGAUACCGUCUCGACGUGUUUAUCGUUUCUGCUAUUCGAACUGUCUCUUCAUCCAGAAAUCCAAGAGAAGAUUUACAACGAACUCGUUGACUUGAAUUUACUAAAAAACGACUACUACUCGCUUAAUGAAAUGAAUAAUAUGAGCUACAUCGAAUGUUGCAUCAAGGAGGCUUUGAGGAAAUACACACCAAUCCCGUUUUAUGAAAGACUAAUUGAAGAGGAUCUUAAAAUUGAGGAUGUGCAUAUUCCUAAAAAUACUGUCGUCACGAUAUUCGCGUUUGGAAUGCACAGAUCCGAAGAAAUUUAUCCUGAUUCGGAUAGGUUCGAUCCUGAUAGGUUUUUGUUGGAGAAUAUAAGCAAAAGACACGCCUAUGCUUAUCUUCCUUUCAGCGCUGGUCCAAGGAACUGCAUGGGAAUACGAUUUGCUAUGUACGAGAUGAAAUGCGCCAUAGCUAAGAUCAUCAAGCAUUUCCACAUCCUUCCGAAAAGUAAUUUCCAAUUAGAAGUCGAAAGUGAUAUGGUAUUAACUUCAUCGAACGGUUUUCCAAUCAUGUUGUCUACGCAUCAGCACGCAAUAGAUACAUACACUUGCAUUAUGCACACUGAUCUUGACGAGAUGUAUCAUAUUUAUAUUGCUGCGAUUCUCGCGCUCCUCAUUUCGGUGCUAAUAAAUAAAUACAAUGAAAACAAGAAGUAUAGGGAUAUAAAUAAGUUGCCGGGACCACCGACCGUUCCUUUCUUUGGAAAUAGCCUGGGAUUCGCGAAAAAUACUGCAGAAUUCUUCGAGAAUCAGCAGAAGUUGGUCAAGGAAUAUGGGUUGAUGGUGCGUCUAUGGUUGGGUUCGAAACCCAGCAUCGUGGUUUCAGAUCCAGUAAAACUGGAGUUCUUCUUGAGCUCCAAUGAGCACAUCAGCAAAUCUGUAGGCUACAACGGUUUCAGACUUUGGAAGCACAGGAAAAUAAUCACGCCCAGCUUCCACUUCAAAGUCUUGGAUCAAUACACCGAAUACAUCAAUUCCAACUCAAAGAUUUUAAUUAGCAAACUCAAGGAGCAAAUCGAUAAAAAGAGCAUUGACAUACAUCCGUUCAUAAAUUACUACAAUCUCGACGUUAUCAGCGAAACUGCUAUGAAAACCAGAAUCAACGCACAAAAUAACCCGAAAUCCGACUACGUCGAAGCAGUGAAGAACUACCUAAGAAUCUACAUUUCUCGUUACUUCUCAUUCUUCAAACAAUAUGAUUUUUAUUUUAAGUUAACUGAAGAAUAUCGUCUUCAACAGAAAUACGUAAAAACUCUGAAAGAUUUCACAGCUGAGGUAAUUAAGAAGAGGAAGGAGGAGAGAAGAGAAGCGAAGAAAAAUGAUGUUAACAAUAAGAAAAUUGAAGAGGAAAAUGAUGAGGAGUUUGGUAUUAAGAAGAAACACGCUUUCCUCGAUAUGCUUUUAGAUUUGCAAGACGAAUCCAAUUUGUUGACGGACGAAGAGAUCAGGGAAGAAGUGGAUACUUUCAUGUUUUCCGGACACGACACUGUAUCUUCGACAACUUGUUUCUGUCUGCUGGAGUUAUCGAAGAGACCCGAAAUACAAGAAAAACUCGUUGAGGAAUCCUGGGAUAUUAUGGGCGACGAUAAAGACGCGAACUUGGAAUUCAAGAACGUGAACGACUUGAAAUACUUGGAUUUGGUGGUUAAAGAAACUUUGAGGCUUAGGGCGACGGUUCCAUUCAUCGAGCGGGAAUUGCAUUCUGACGUUACUUUAGAUGGCACUUUCAUUCCCAAGGGCACGACGAUAACCAUUCUUCCUUACGCCCUCCAUCAUUUGGAGCAAUUCUUCCCCAAUCCCGAACAAUUCGAUCCGGACAGAUUCCUUCCUGAAAACUCAGCAGGAAGACACGCGUUUUCCUACAUCCCAUUCAGCGCAGGACCAAGAAAUUGCAUAGGUCAAAAGUACGCUUUGUUAUCGGUGAAAGCAGCUGUGAUAAAGAUCCUGCGAAACUUUGAAAUUUUACCGGCAGAACCAAAGUUCGAGCCGAUUCUUGGAAACACCGCAGUUUUGGAAUCAAUGAACGGAAUACAUGUACAACUUAAGUUAAGAGAGUAACAAAUUUUCAUAUAUUUAUUUAUGAAUAUACGAAAA